GAAAAAGUAUGUUCAAAUUCCUUUAUCCUUUUCAUCUUUCCUCACUCGUCACUUUAACUCGCUUCCCACGUUCCCUGAUUCUGUGAACAACCAGGAUCAACUGGAGCGAUGAACGUCAGCCGCCCUACGGUGCAUCCGGUUGAAGCUCCGCCUUCCAUGGAUGCUGCUCAGAACGGACCCAGAGGCAGGAUGAAGGACCUGCAGGGCAUGCCUGGGACUACUGGCGGCCUAAUUCUACGCCUCUCUCAGUUCCUUUUCGCUGUCAUCUCCGUUGCUGUCAUGGCCACCACCAGUGAUUUCCGCACUGCCACUGCUUUUUGCUACCUUGUUCUUGCGGCUGGCUUGCAAAGUUUGUGGAGCUUGUCCCUCGCAUUUCUUGAUGUAUAUGCCCUCUUGGUCAAACGAAGUCUGCGGAGCCACUUAGUGAUUCGUCUUUUCACCAUUGGUGAUGGGAUUAUGUCUACCCUCACAUUUGCUGCUGCUUGUGCAUCUGCUGGUAUUACAGUUUUGAUCGGCAAUGAUCUCAAUAAAUGUGCUGUGAACCAUUGCACUCGAUUUGAGACUGCCACAGCAAUGGCCUUUAUGAGUUGGUUUGCCAUGUCACCAUCCUUUCUAUUGAAUUUCUGGUCAUUAGCAUCCCACUAAGAAGUGAGUAUACCAGAGUCCAUGACAAGUGAAAGAGUCUGUGCUUUUAUUGAGCAGCUUAUACUUCUCUCAGGAAGUUAAUUGCAGAAACAGUGUAUAUACUAAAUUUUGCUAUAUCUAAGAUACUUCUCUGCAAUACUCAGUCUAGAUUACUUUGAUUUUUCUUCCUUCCCCUACUGCUUGUGUUUGCAAGUUUUCUCGAUGACCUUUUCUACUUUGCAAUGAGGACCCCUUUGGAAGGGAUUUAGAAAGAGGCAGUGUGAAGUUUCUCGCUGUUGAAGUACACACUUUCCAUGCUUAUGGGUAUAAGAUAUUUCUUAACCAUGAAACUAGGCAACCAACAGGCAGAAGCAGCUACAUGGCGUGAACUGCAUGUUACUUUGAUUCUGGUCGUCAUACAACUCCUUUUACCUGAUAUUGUAGACCUU